AUGGAGACAAGCAGAAGAAGAACAACAUACAAGCAGAUUGAAUCGGCAUGGAGACAAGCAGAAGAAGAACAACAUACAAAUAGAUUGAAUCGGCAUGGAGACAAGCAGAAGAAGAACAACAUACAAAUACUGCUGCUGCUGCUGCUGCUGUCUCCGUAUCAGCAGCAGCAGCAGCAGCAACAGCAGCAGCAGCAGCAGCAACAGCAGCAGCACCAGCAAAAACAGCAGCAGCUGAAUGCCAAGGACUGUCCGUGGAUACCACCACACUACCACCAUCAAAAUGACGACGAUCAGCAGCAGCAGCAACAGCAGCAACAGCAGCAACAGCAGCAGCAGCAGCAGCAGCAGCAGCAGCAGCAGGAGGAUUUGGGUUACUGCAGCAGAUUGAAUCGGCAUGGAGACAAGCAGAAGAAGAACAACAUACAAAUAGAUUGA